AUGAGCUGCUUCGAGAGCUUUUCACAGUCAUAUACCGCUAUAGUCACAACGACGUCGGCCUUCGGCAAUGCCACCACUGUACCAACUGGUACUAAUACUAUUACUUUCACGCCAUUCGCCGAUGCGGUCAACGCGUUUCAAAUCGAAUAUGUACCGAUGACAAGUACAAGUUCAUCUAGCACCCCGGCAGCAACGUCCUCGAGCACUGCAACAAGCAGCACCGCAUCGGAAUCUUCACCCUCCGCGACCUCAACUUUAGCCGCCUCCAAUGGUACGAGCGGCAAUAGCUUGUCCGGUGGUGCCAUUGCCGGCAUUGUUGUCGGAGCCGUCGCUUUUGUUGCUAUACUUCUUGUGUUGGCUUGGUACUGGAUUCGCCGCCGCAAGACCAGCCCAACAGAUGAUACCAUCUCAUCAAAUUAUUAUGGAGCAGGCACGUCAGGGACGGGGCACUCGGGACACCAAUCCACGUCGGAUUAUACGAAGAAGCCCUCUUUUCCUCCAGCCGAGCUCAGCGCGAACGAGGAGGUCGCUACGGAAUUAUCCUCGUCACAGAUAAUUUCGGAAAAAGGCACACGCUGA